AUGUUGUGGAUGGCAUGGCUAUCAGGAUUGUUGUUUGAACAACAAAUGACAAAGAGCAUCCACAAGACACAUAUAGCUGACAUGAUUUACUUUAAGGGUGGAUUUUUUGGUAACCUUGUUCAAUCAAUGAUUGGCCAGAAGAAGAAGGGGAACUCAACUGCAGUAGCGUUUAUUACCAAGCCUUCAUCAUCACCAAAUAAUUCAACAAGUAAAGUAGCCAGCGGUCUAUUUGCUUACUAUGAACGAUUGCAUUCUGAAGUGAGGGCUAAAAGACAAGCAGGCUAUUACAUCUCCUUUACUGAUUAUUGGGGAAGAGCCCUAUCAUACAAUGUGUUUGCUACAGAUACACAGAACCCAGGUAUUUCCCUUUCCAUGGCAAUAAACAAGCCUUCCUUUCUACACCAUCAACAGCCAUUCCCUAUAGUGGCAUCUAUCAGCACCAAUCUUACCUCUUCCAACUGCUACAAUUCAUUUCUCAUGGAGUUCACUCCCUAUGAGUUCGGGUCAUGGGACUGUUAUCUUAAGGCUUUUGUUCCCGUUAAGUACUUGGGUACUCCGUGUAACAAUGACACUUCUGCUAUCCCUACGGAGCUUGCAAACACUUCAAUGUGUAUUCUGGGAUACGAUUCUGUUGAAAUGGACGUUCUAUAUCUUCUAUACGAGUCAUAUUGUUAG